AUAUGUGGGUAAUGCCGUCUUCGAGCGCAAGGUGUGCUCAGUUACCAAGAGCCGCAGACAAGGUUCCUUUUUAUUCAGCUUUGAAGAAGUUUCGUGAUUAUCUGAAUGGUCUGAUAACUGAAAUCGACGAGAACGAAAUGGUUUUUUCGGAGCCAAGUUUAAAAUCUUGCUACGAGGCAGAACCAAAACCAGAGUCAUUUUCACCAGAACUCACAGAUAUCAGUAAUGGUGUCAUUCAGAACGAAGAUGGUACCAUUAUACCAUGCAAAAAGAAAAGGGGUCGACCGAAGAAGAUAAAAAUUGAUGGCGAGAAACCUCUUCCGAAGCCGCACGUUCGGAAACCCCCUUCGGCAAUGAAUAAUAACUGUGAUUUUCCAAAGAAAAAAAGAGGACGGCCUAAGAAAGUUAAAGUCGAGAAUAUGGAUUUGAAUCAGCCAGAUAACACAUCGACCAACAUGUCUCAGUGCUUUUCGAGUCCGUCACCAAUUCAGUCUCCGAAUAAUUUCUACCCGAUGGUUUCUGCUAUGACACCUCCUAAUAACUCGAGUAACUUGUAUGCUCCUCAGCCCCAGUCGUAUAAUCAGUCGCCGAGGCCCCCUUAUAGUCAGUCUCCCAGGCCGACGUACAGCAAUUCUCCCAGACCACAAUACAGUCAGUCUCCGAGACCGGCAUACAGUCAGUCACCCAGGCCCCCAUACAGCCAGUCUCCCAGACCACAAUCCCAGCCUUUUACCCACUCCGAUCUUAGUUCGGAGAUAAGCGCAGCCAUUAGUUCCGAGCAGCUGGGCUCUCCGGCAUCUCCCAUCGGCCCGCCUGACUUUGAGCCCCCGACGAGCAUGGCGGAUGAAGCAGAGUGCCGCCUGGGCAGUCCAGCCCCUUCGACCAAUAGCGAACAAACACACUAUCAUUACCAGUCUUACAACGUGGAUCCCCCUCAUACGCAGCCAGAGCGUCAGUACCCGUCUCCGCGGCAAAACCAGGACAUUGCUUCCAAAAGCUUGUCAGGUCUGGAAUCUCUGGUGGAUCAGAUUCCAAGCAUAACCGAGGCCGAGGCGCCCAUUGGGGAAGCCCCAGAGCAGUACGCCGGUCAGUUCAACAAUUAUACUCUGUCGUCCUCUUCGAGAGCUAGUCCUGUCCCCUACAACUACCCCCCUAGUUCAGGUUAUCCACUGUACCCUACUCCCACCUGGAGUGGUCACUACGAACCGAUGCCUCUGGGCUAUCCACAGAUCCCGUACGCCCAGAACUAUGGGACUGGUCUGCACGUCCCCAGUCCCAACUACCCGUACUACAGUUACCCCCAACCUACACCGACCCACCCACCCGGAUAUCCACCCUACUUGGGGGGGUUCUGAUUGGUUUCAGUCACUGUAUUUUCAUGUUGUGUACCUGUACCAUAUGUUCAGCUAGUACCUAGCAAGUCUGUCCGCUUGAGUACAGUUGGUCACUUGCAUUUUGAUGACAACAGAGACUUGCACAGGGUAAAUGGUGAUAUUUUUUUGUCAUAAGUAUUUUUCUCUAAACUUUGAAUGUUAGAUAGGCC